GCACCCCUAAAACGGUACCUUUGAAAGAAAACUGAAAGAGAUUCGAUUCCUCACAGCUUUCCAGAUUUCUGGAGAAGGAGAAUUAACCCUCUCAAUUUCUCUGAAAAGUCAAAAUUUAUCGGAAAAUUAACAGAGAGGUUCUCGAAAAUCUCUUAAGGUCGGAACCUGUGAUUGAAUAGAUUUAUUGGGUUUCGAUCUUUUCUUGUUCGUUCGUUCGUUUGUUUGUUCAUUUGUCUGUAACUGCUUAAUUUCGGAUUCAAUUUAACGGGCAAACAAGAUUCUCAUUCUAACUCUAAUAUACGAUUGUGAUCGGAUACGUUGAAGAGUCCUAAAAUCGUUAGGGUUUGGUUCGAUUCAGUUCGUGGGAAAACGAUGAACGAUCAGUCUCAGAUGAUGAAUCAGCCGCCUCCGCAGAUGUUGAACCAGAUGAUGAGCCAGCCUCCGCCUCCACAGAUUCAGAUGAUGGCUCAGUCCCAGGCUCAGCAGUCUCAGAUGAUGAUGAUGAACCAGUCUAAGCAGCAACAGCAGCCUUUGCCGAUGAUUAACCGGGGAUACAACAAAGUGUGGCCAGUACAGGCGUCUUUGGAUUAUACUAACACGAAGAAGUUUCAAAGCCCUUCUUCUUUGAAGCCGAAUUACGUGGCGGGUUUAAAGCCUGGACGAAGCAAUUGGAAAGGCAAGGCGUCUGAUAAGCGCAAGGAUCCUAGAAGACUGGAAAAACCGAUGCCAGUUCCAAUGCCGAUGCCGAUGCCGAUGCCUAACACGGCGAUGACCGGUCCGAGUAGUAGUGGGGGAGGGUAUAAACCCCCGGCUCUUCACGAACUGCAGUCGCAGAAUAGAUUGAAAGCCCGGAAAUUCUACCAGAAGAAGAAGUACAACAAUAGGUUUGCGCCUUACGCGCCUAGGAACACGACGUCGUUUAUAAUCAGGGCAAAGAAGGCUGGUGGCAUUGCGGAGCUGGUGUCCCCAUGUCCUGUGACGCCUGCUGUGCUCCCGACACCGAUAUUCUCGCCCUCGAGGGAGGUGUUGGGGGAUACGGCGAAAGAGGAGUGGGGUGUUGAUGGCUAUGGGUCGAUGAAAGGGUUGAUUCGACUGAGGUCGCCUGGGAAUGAGCAUGACGAAGAGGAGGAAGACGAGAAUGGUGGGUCGAGUGAGAGUGAUGUGGAGGAGCACGUGGAAGUGGAGAGGAGGUUGGACCAUGAUUUGAGUCGAUUCGAAAUGAUAUACCCGAACUACAGUGGGGUUGAGUACAAUAAUGUGUUGGAGAAUAGGGUAGAUGAUCAGGAUUCGCAUAUAGCGCAGUUGGAGGAGGAGAAUUUGACGUUGAAGGAGAGGCUUUUCCUGCUGGAGAGAGAGCUGGGAGACUUGAGGAGGAGGUUGCAAUUUCUCGAGAGACAAAAUCAAGUGGUGGUGGAUGUGAAUGAGGAGGUGGUGGAGAAUGGGUCUGAAAACGAAAGCGAGGGUGGGUCGGAUGCACCGGCUUCAAUGGGUUGCGAGAAUAAUGCGGACAUGAUGGAGUAUGUAUCUGGAAAUGGAGCUAAGGGAAGAAAUGCUGAUGAUGACAUCGAUGGGGCAUCGGAUAAUGAGGCUGUAGGGGCUGUUUGUAUGGAAGAGUUUGAAGAAAGGAACGAGCUUGUAGCGAAACAAGUAAUUGCAGAUGAAAAAAACCCCGAGUGUGAAGAAAUUGUGAAGGAAAAUGUGAUAAAGGAUGAGGAGACGAGGUCUGAUUUUGUGACGGACGAAGUCAUUGCAGUGAAGAAUGAAGAACCAAGGAAUGAGUUCGUACCAGAUGAAGCAGAAAUAGCAAAGGAAAAGGAGUUCAAAGUUGAAAAGGUUACUUAUGAUUUGGCCUCGGAAGAUGUGAUGGCUUCGGUGAACGAUUGGACCAGGAUGAAAAUUGCAAGGAAUGAGAUUGCGGAGAAGAACGAGUUCACGAAUGAGGAACAAGGGAAUGUGUGCUCAGAGAAGAGCAUUGGCGACGGUGACUAAUUUGUCCCGCGUUAAUGCUGAGAAUUUUGUCCUGGGUCGAUCAGAGGUUCAGCUUGUACAAGUCUCUUUCCAUCGUGAUAUUUUCCAUCCGAGAGAAGAUUGUUGAGUUCUUAAUCAGAUCCAGAAGUUUAAAAUGUCAAUUUGGGGAAGGAAGAUCAACUAACCAACCAAAGUAGAGGGCCUUCUUGAGAUGGGGACCAGGCAUGGUCAGGAAUGUCACAGGGUGCUAUCGGCCAGUAACCACUCGUAGACUGUGUGGACUCCAUGUUUCAAGUUCAUUAUCUCAAGUGAUGUGACUUAUUGAAAAAGCAAAAAACGAAGAAUUUUCUCUCCAAUUUCCGUAACUACCUCCGUCUUUCUGUCUCUCAUCUCUGAGGAGUGAAUUAGAAUAAAGAAGAUAGUCAAUAUUGCUUUUCUAGACCACUGGUUUAUAUAUUAUUUAUUGCUAGGAUCCUAGAGCAACAUAAUACAUUUUCUUUGGAUCUUUGUAUGUUUGGGUCCAUGUCUUUAUAUGCAUGCAUCAUU